GAAUGAAAGUACUUAUUUUGCAAUCAUCCGCCAUCUUCUUUUGUGAUUAAGAAUCCCAGAACAGAAACAAACACAACAAUGGCGCCUGUCAGCAUCCUGUGAAGUAUACUCUUUCCUACCUAGUCCCACCAUCACUGGAUGCCUUAUUAAUCUGAAGAAGGAUACAUUUUCAUACUCAUAUAAAAAACCCCCCUUUUUCUCUCUCUCACGCAUAUACCAUACCAGAUUACAAGCACUACUGUUAUUUUUAUUGAAAAUGAUUCUCAAUUUCAUUCACAGUAGCUAGUAUUCAUCAUGAGUUGUCACCGUCAUCAAUAAAAAAAAACCCAUCAUUUUUUCUAGUUGCAGAAAUUGUUGUCUACCACCACUUACAAAUUCACUAUUCUCUGAUAAGAAUUCUUGGGUUUUAGAGAUAGAAUAUGACGGUGCCGGAAAGUCAAACACAAAGGCACCGUCCUCGCGGUGGAGGCGCCGUUACUCCAGUAGAAACUCCAACUAGACUCCGGGUACUCUUCCGAGUGGCUUCUGUUGCUUGUGGGAUACAGUUUGGGUGGGCCUUACAACUCUCUCUAUUAACUCCAUAUGUACAAGAACUAGGAAUUCCUCACGCGUGGUCGAGCAUCAUAUGGCUUUGUGGACCUUUAUCGGGUUUCCUCGUUCAGCCGCUGGCUGGACACAUGAGCGAUCGAUCUACAAGCAAGUAUGGUCGCCGCCGACCGUUUAUCGUCAUCGGAUGCGCGUCGAUCAUCUUGUCUGUACUUUUGAUCGGUUACGCGGCGGAUAUCGGAGGAUUACUUGGAGAUCGUGAGAAGAAGACGAGAGCCAUCAUCGUUUUCAUAAUAGGGUUUUGGCUGCUUGAUAUGGCAAACAAUGCUACUCAAGGUCCUUGUAGAGCUCUUCUUGCUGAUCUUACAGUGAAUGAUCACAGAAGAACACGAGUAGCAAAUGCAUACUACUCCCUGUUUAUGGCGAUUGGUAAUGUUCUUGGGUAUGCAACGGGAGCUUACAGUGGUUGGUACAAGGUUUUACCUUUCACCAUGAACUCUGCAUGCGACAUAAACUGUGCGAAUCUCAAGGCUGCUUUUCUUCUGGACGUUGUUUUCAUCAUCAUCACAACAUACAUAAGUGUGACAGCGAUUCACGAACAACCUGGGACAGCUCAUCAUGAUGAAGGUGGAGAGUCCCAGGAAGCUUUUUUCUGGGAAAUGUUUGGGACAUUCAAGUUCCUUCCGGGGCCCGUGUGGUUGAUCUUGUUUAUUGUGUCUCUGACUUGGAUCGGUUGGUUUCCUUUUAUUCUGUUUGACACUGAUUGGAUGGGUCGGGAGAUAUACCGUGGGGACCCCACUGGUGAUUUGAAAUAUAGUGAUGGAGUGAGAAUGGGUGCUUUUGGGCUGAUGUUGAAUUCGGUCAUCCUUGGAAUAACUUCGGUGUUUAUGGAGAAUCUUUGUAGGAGAUGGGGGUCUGGUUUCAUAUGGGGGGUCUCAAACAUUGUCAUGUUCCUCUGCUUUUUAGCAAUGCUUGUGCUUUCCUUUGUGGCAGCUCAAGCCGAAUAUGCAGCUGAUGGUUCCCCUCCAAAUGGAAUCGUCAUUGCUGCACUUGUUAUUUUUUCAAUUCUUGGCAUGCCCUUAGCUGUUACGUAUAGUGUCCCGUAUGCAUUGGUAUCCUCACGUAUCGAGUCACUAGGACUUGGUCAAGGGUUGUCGAUGGGUGUUCUAAACGUAGCCAUUGUCAUCCCACAGAUGUUGGUGUCUCUUGGAAGUGGACCAUGGGACCAGUUGUUUGGUGGGGGGAAUUCUCCAGCCUUUGCUAUCGCAGCAGUUGCAGCCUUUGCUAGUGGACUUGUAGCCAUCCUUGCUAUUCCACGAAAUAGGCCUGAAAAAUCUAAAAUCCGACAUUGAGAUACAUCCAUCCAUCCAUCCGCAUUCUUUUUUUUUGAUCAAAUUCAACUGAGUCAUAUCAAUAUCAUCUAUAUGUACGUAUUGUUGUUGUUGUAUUAUCUUUCCUCGUUUGUUUUGUUUUGUUUUUACAUAUAUCUAUAUCUAUAUUUUGUUUCGUAACAUGGAG